ACAUUUGGGUGGCAGAUAUUCAGUAACAUCAAGUAUCCAUCAGAGAGAUUAAAUCUCCUCUUCUCCAUGCCAGGAUAUUCAGAGUUUUACUUCAACGUGGACCAUGGCUACUUGGAGGGUCUGGUCCGAGGGUUCAAAGCGGGGAUCUUGACAAGCGCAGACUAUGUCAAUUUAGCACAGUGUGAGACACUAGAAGAUCUGAAGUUACAUCUACAGACUACAGACUAUGGCAACUUCUUGGCUAAUGAAACUGGCCCUCUCACUAUUUCCACAAUCGAUGAUAAACUGAAAACAAAACUGCUCACGGAAUUUCAUUACUUUAGGAACCAUGCUUUUGAACCACUUGCCACUUUUCUGAAUUUUAUCACAUACAGCUAUAUGAUUGACAACGUAAUUCUUCUAAUAACUGGCACAUUACACCAGCGGCCUAUAGCUGAACUUGUUCCCAAGUGCCACCCACUGGGGAGUUUUGAGCAAAUGGAAGCAGUCAGCAUUGCCUCAAACCCCACUGAGCUGUUCAAUGCAAUUUUGGUUGACACACCAUUAGCUGCUUUCUUUCAAGACUGCUUAUCUGAAAAUGACCUGGAUGAAAUGAACAUUGAAAUAAUGCGCAACAAACUGUACAAGUCUUACCUUGAGGCGUUUUAUAAGUUUUGUGAAAAACAAGGUGGGACUACAGCAGAAACAAUGAGACCUAUUCUUGAGUUUGAGGCAGACAGACGUGCCUUUAUCAUCACCAUUAAUUCAUUUGGCACUGAGCUGAGUAAAGAUGACCGAGAGAAGUUGUAUCCAACUUGUGGAAAACUGUACCCAGAAGGCUUACACCUGUUGGCCAAUGCAGAUGACUACGAGCAAGUGAAGUGUGUUGCAGAUUACUAUGCAGAAUACAAGGCUGUGUUUGAAGGUGUAGGGAGUGGCACUGGAGAAAAGACACUGGAAGAUGCAUUUUUUGAACAUGAGGUAAAGCUGAAUGUGCUUGCAUUCAACAACCAGUUUCAUUUUGGAGUAUUUUAUGCCUAUGUAAAGUUAAAGGAACAAGAAUGCAGGAAUAUUGUAUGGAUUGCUGAAUGUAUUUCUCAGAGACACAGAACCAAAAUUAACAACUACAUUCCAAUUUUCUAAAUCUGAGAAUUUAUAAUCCUAUAAUGUCUGAAAAGCUGCAUUAUUUCAUAGAAAAGACAAAAGCACUUAUUUCAAAAGUUAACUCUUAUCAGAUGUUUUAAAUUAUAUCAGUGAUUCUCCUUAUAUACAGCAGUGUAAGAAAUAGCUAUAUAAUUGGAGAGAUUAGUACUUUAUAAUAAAUAUUAAUUCGCUAAUUAAUAGAUUUAGUAGAUGUGUUCCCCACUUUGCACAUUUUAAUUUAGCUGAUCAAUAAAAACUCCCUGUAAA